CCUGCGACCCUGAGGAGGUGUUGCCAGAUCCGCAGGUGGUUGUCCCGCAUGCCUGUGACACAGAUGGCGGGCGGAGCCGAGCCGGGCUGGGAGGGAAAGUCGCAGUGGCCUUGUGUGUGACUGUUCGGCUGUCUGCAGAAUGACUGCGGCCAGGAAAGCGCACCUUGGAUCAAAUCCUUUGCUCACUUGGUCGUGUCACAUCUAGUGGCGUCCUUGUGGCCAGGGCGCGUCAGUGGCACAGCGCAGAUCGUUGUCUUGCAGGAGAAUCUGGACCAAACAUUGCCUGUUGACUCAUGAGUCUGCUGUUCUCUCAGCUACACCUCCAGAAUGUUCUUCUAAGAGAAAUACAAAGUAAACCAAUUUCUGGGUUGACUGAUGGAAUAUAGAUCUGCUCAGUUUGCUUACUUGUUCUCACCUGACCUCUCGUUUUACACCAGUAGAUUGGUAAAUGGCAGAGAUGCCUGAAGUGAACGCCAGCAAUCUUUUGGAGAGUGGAACUUGCUAUGUAGCCCAGGUUGGCCUUAAACUCAAAAUACUCCUGUCUCAUCCUCUUCAGUGCUGGAUUUACAGCCAUGUACCACCAGACCUGUCUUUACUUGUACUUUAUUCCCUUGAUAAGCAGAACUUCGAUAUUCCAACUACUGGUGAACUGAGAAGAAAUAUGGCAUUCCAGAACUCAGUGUCAUUUGAGGACGUGGCAGUGGACUUUACCUGGGAAGAGUGGCGGGACCUGGACAAUGCUCAGAGGACCCUGUACAGGGAGGUGAUGCUGGAGACCUACAGCAGCCUAGUGUCCUUGGGGCAAUGCAUCACCAAACCUGAGCUAAUCUUCAUGCUGGAGCAAGGAGCAGAGCAGUGGAUGGGUAAAGAACCCCCAAGCCAGAGCCCACCAGAUGUCCAGAAGGGAGAUGUCAUAAUUGAGACCAGUGAGGAAAGUCAAGACAGACAUUUGUUGCAAACUGGAAUCACUAUGAACAACACACCACCUAUGGAGAGAGUUAUAUUAAGACAUGCUGUUCAUUUGACUUCCAGCCAUAUUUCAAAUCUGAUUGUAAAGAAUGCAGGCUCUUUAGGAGUGAAGCCCAAGCAGUUGAAUGUAUGCGAGAACAGGCAUUGCCCUAGUAAGCCUGAUGGGAUGUAUGUUGGUGAGAAACCCUAUCAGUGUAAUCAGUCUGGAAAAUGCUUUGUAAAGGAGUCACACCUCACCCAGCAUCAGAUAAUUCACACUGUGAAGAAGCCCUAUCAGUGUAAUCAGUGUGGAAUAGCCUUUAACAAGAAGUCAUAUCUCACCAAGCAUGAGAUACUUCACACUGGGGAAAAGCCCUAUAAGUGCAGUCAGUGUGGUAAAACCUUUGCCAGGAAGUCAUACCUUACCACGCAUGAGAAGAUUCAUACUGGAGAGAAGCCCUAUAAGUGUAGUCAGUGUCAUAAAACCUUUGUCUCAAGGUCAAAACUCAUUAGGCAUGAGAUGAUUCACACUGGGGAGAAGCCCUUUCAGUGUGGAAAAUCCUUUCACUUGAAGUAUAUCCUCGAUGUACAUGAGAUAAUUCACACUAGGGAAAGGCCCUAUCAAUGUAAUCAGUGUGGAAAAACCUUUUGCCACAAAUCAAGCCUCACUGUGCAUGACAGAAUUCACACUGGAGUAAGGCCCUAUCAAUGUAAUGAGUGUGGAAAAACCUUUGGCCGGAAAUCAAACCUCAGUAGGCAUAAGAUAAUUCACACUGGGGAGAAGCGCUACCAGUGUAGUCAGUGUGGAAAAACCUUUCACCUCAAGUCAACCCUUGAUAGACAUGAGAUGAUUCACACUGGGAAAAGGCCCUAUCAAUGUAAUGAGUGUGGAAAAACCUUUGGCCGGAAAUCAAAUGUCACUCAGCAUGAGAGAAUUCACACUGGGGUGAAACCCUAUCAGUGUAAUCAGUGUGGAAAAUCCUUUAAUCGAAAGUCGAUCCUCACUGGACAUGAGAUAAUUCACACUGGGGAAAGGCCCUAUCAAUGUAAUCAGUGUGGAAAAGCCUUUGGCCAGAAAUCACACCUCACUGUGCAUGAGAUGAUUCACACUGAUGAUAAGCCCCAUCAGUGUAAUCAGUGUGGAAAGUCCUUUCACCUGAAGUCAAUCCUCAUUGAUCAUGAGAUAAUUCACACUGGGGAAAGGCCCUAUCAAUGUAACCAGUGUGGAAAAACCUUUCGCCAGAAAUCAAGCCUCACUGUGCAUGAGAGAAUUCACACUGGGGAGAAGCCCUAUCAAUGUACUCAAUGUGGAAAGUCCUUUCACCUGAAGUCAAUGCUCAUUGGUCAUGAGAUAAUUCACACUGGGGAAAGGCCCUAUCAAUGUAAUCAGUGUGGAAAAAACUUUUGCCAGAAAUCAAGCCUCACUGUGCAUGAGAGAAUUCACACUGGGGAGAAGCCCUAUAAGUGUAGUCAGUGUCAUAAAACCUUUGCCUCAAAGUCGCAACUCACUAGGCAUAAGAUUACUCACACUGGGGAGAAGCCCUAUCAGUGUAGUCAGUGUGGAAAGUCCUUUCACCUGAAGUCAGUCCUCAUUGCACAUGAAAUAAUUCACACUGGGGAAAGGCCCCAUCAAUGUAAUCAAUGUGGAAAAUCCUUUGGCCGGAAAUCAAACCUCACUAAGCAUGAGAUGAUUCACACUGGAGAGAAGCCAUAUAAGUGUAGUCAGUGUCAUAAAACCUUUGUCUCAAAGUCACAACUCACUAGGCAUAAGAUUAUUCACACCGGAGAGAAGCCCUAUCAGUGCAGUCAGUGUGGAAAAACCUUUUGCCAGAAAUCAAACCUCACUGUGCAUGACAGAAUUCACACUGGGGUAAAGCCCUAUCAAUGUAAUCAGUGCGGAAAAACCUUUUGCCAGAAAUCAAGCCUCACUGUGCAUGACCGAAUUCACACUCAGAAGAAGCCCUAUCAGUGUAAUCAGUGUGGAAAAACCUUUGGAAAGAAGUCAAGACUCUCUGUGCAUGAGAUGAGUCACACUGGGGAGAACCCAUACAAGUGCAGUCUGUGUGGUAAAACCUGUUUGGGGAAGUCAGGCCUCACUAGGCAUGAGAGAAUUCACAUUGGGGAGAACCCCUAUACGUGUACUCAGUGUCAUAGAACCUUUGUCUCAAAGUUAAAACUGACUAGGCAUAAGAGGGUUCACAUGGGGGAGAAGCCCUAUCAUUGUAAUCAGUGUUGAAAAACCUUUGGCAAGAAGUCAAGACUCACUGUGCAUGAGGUGAGAUAGACUGGGAGGAACCCCUACAAGUGCAGUCAGUGUGGUAAAACCUGUUUGGGGAAGUCAGGCCUCACCAGGCGUGAAAGAAUUCACAGUGGGGAGAAGCCCAAUAAGUAGUAUAAAACCUUUGUCUUAAAAGUUAAAACUCACUAGCAUAAUAUGGCUCACACUGGGGAGAAGCCCUAUCAGUGCAAUCUGUGGAAAAACCUUUACCCAGAAUCCACACCUCAGUAAGCAUCAGACCACUCACAAGAGAGGAUCCUUUUGAAGAUGGAAGAGCUUUCUCAGAAAUCAGACUUCAGGAAACAUGAAAGAAUUCUCACAGGGGACAGUCUUGAGUGGCAGAGGCUAGCUAUGUGUCUUCCAAGAGCUGUUUUCUUUUCUCUGGGAUUCAGCAAGCUCUUCUCUGCUUCCUCUUUCUGUGGCCAAUAGUUCACAGCUCUCUGUGGAGAUAAAGACACAAGUGAUGAACAUUCCUUCCAGGCCUAAAUUUAACAGUGACCUUCCAGUCCUACCAGACUUGGGGUUGAGCACUACAUGUCUUCAGUCAUUGUGAUUUCAGACAGAACUGUAGAGAACAGAGGACUUUCCACCACUGGCCCAGCACCAUCUAUUUGUUACA